AUGUCUGAAGACCAGAGGGAUCUCUACUAUCAUGAUCCAUUCAAUGAUGAUCAAAGAAACAGUGAGACUCUCUAUUCAUUCUUUGGACCAGAUUCCACCAUUAGAGGCGAUUCUUCACCACCAAUUCCACAAAGAUUUCAUGACUACAUGGGUUUAACUCACUUCUUCAAUGGAUCUACCGAUUAUAACACACCUGCAACCGCCUUUGGUUACUCGUCUUCUUCAUCACAAGUAGGGUUUGUUCUUCAACAUGACCAGAAGCCCAUGAUUGAUCCAGGAAACUUGGUUGGUGGCGCGGAGACGAUUCCGGUUACACCCAACUCUUCUUCCGUUCUUUCAUCAUCUACUGAGGCUGCUGAUGAUGAACACGAGCUCAGCCAAGGUAAGAAAGAUAACCAACUGAAAGGUGUAUCUGAAGAUGGUGGCGACAGUACUAACAAAGUGAAUAAGCAAAAGAAGAAAGAAGAAAAGAAGCAAAGAGAGCCACGGUUUGCUUUUAUGACAAAGAGCGAUAUUGAUCAUCUAGAAGAUGGAUAUCGAUGGAGAAAAUAUGGACAGAAAGCUGUCAAGAAUAGCCCUUAUCCCAGAAGCUACUAUCGAUGCACAACUCAGAAGUGCACAGUGAAGAAGCGUGUGGAGAGAUCGUAUCAAGAUCCAUCGACUGUGAUCACUACGUACGAAGGGCAGCACAACCACCACUUGCCCGCAACACUGAGAGGAAAUGUUGGUGGUGGAAUGCUGUAUCCGCCGUCUAUGAUGGCAGCACAAGGGGCGAUGAUGGCGGGUGCUGGUGGCUCAAGCUUCCCUCAUGAGUUUCUUGCUCAUAUGCCUCAUGGUUUCUAUAACUCCGGUGGUGGUGGUGGCGGUGGCGGUGGUGGUGGUAGCAGCACAGGAGGUGGAUCGAUCUACCAGCAAAGUGCCCUAACACCCUUUCAGCAGCUUCAGAUUCCUGAUUAUGGGCUUUUACAAGAUAUGGUCCCAUCGAUGACUUUUAAACAAGAACCCUAA